AUGGGUCUGAUCGCGAGCAUCAUUGCUGUAGUCCAUGCUUCCGAAGUAGUCAUCAAGGUCUGCAAGUCUUACAUUGAAUCAGUGCGAAACUACCCCAGCGAGCUACGAAGGGUCCUCCUGGAGGUCUGCACCCUCAAGGCCGUAUUCGACAACCUCCAGUUCCUUCAUUCCAAAGAUUACUCCACGUCCUCAAUUUUGAGCGACAUCAGUUCCCAGGAAGGUCCUGUAGAAGGAUGUCGUCGCGCCAUACUUGAGCUCCAGAAUCAACUCCCCACCGACAACAAAGGGAAAUGCGCGACCACGGGGACUUCGACAAGAGAAAGGCUCAUCCUAGCAUUAGAUCGAUGGGCCUCGCCAUCAAGGCUAAGAAAGGUCUAUGCUAUUUUGGACGAGUUGACUCGGUAUAAGUCAACAAUCACUACCGCAUUUUCUGCCGAGCUAGUGCGGGAUGUUCAGCAUGUUGGAAACGCUAUCGAUGCACAGACCGUUAUGCUAACUUCAAGUGCAGAAACGUCAAAAGCCAGCUUUCGGAAAUGGCUGUGGCAUACGAAUCCUUCUUCAAACCACAAUACUGCGUGCGCCCAGCGAGAGGCUGGAACUGCAGAGUGGGUCACUCAGCUUCCCGAAUGGAGAGAGUGGUUGCAUGAGAAGUUCCGAUGCCUUUGGAUUCACGGUAUCCCUGGAGCCGGCAAGGCAGUUCUAUUUUCCCAGCUCGUUAUAGUAGUCACAUCUUAUUGCGAUGCUGCUCGCCACCGCCGGAUAGGCAAUGUGUAUUAUUAUUGCUAUCAUGCGCGCAACCAGGAUGAAACAAGCUCAUUCCUCCGUUGGAUCCUCGGGCAACUGAGCAAGCAGGCCGACGCAGUUCCAGACCACAUCUAUAAGAACUAUCGAAAUGGACUCGAACCAACC